AUGGCGGAAUCAUUCAAGCGAAUCUGGUUGGUAUUCAAGAUGGCGACGGGACUGAAGCACGAACUAACAUAUACACACACAUACACAUACACAUACACAUAUACAUACACUAUUCGGUUAGAUGGCGUGGUACAAAGUUCAUUUACACGAACAUACGAACCCGAUACUCCAAGUUUUACCACGAACUUCUUUUCAAAUACACCGAAAAGAAUAUCGUGUGGUAUAGAAAAUAUUGUAAAUCUACACGACAGUUAUUCUGUACGAUUGGCGAGACUUGACGACACAAUUUUAGAUACGCAAGUACUCAACGACGGAACACCGUUCUUCCUUCAAUUUACAGAACUGGACUACGGGACAUACGAUUAUAAGUUGCUCCUAUCCAAAUGGACGACAACUUCAACAUCCAACCCGAAUAUCUCACCCGAAAGCUAUUUUGUGGAUACAGUUAUAGCAACACAUACUCAACUGUUUCUUCGCCCCGAACCAACUUUUACAACCAGUUGGACGAAAUCGGGUCUUACCAUCAACGCCGACCUCUCAAGUAUCACGGGCGCACAUUCCGAGUUCUACGCGUAUCUUUGUAGAGACGACGAAACGACUCUUGCGACCCAUCAAUUCACAGAAGGAGAGACUAACACAUCACUCACAUUUACCGAGACGGGGUAUGGAACUUUUACCUACCAGUUAAAACUUGGUACGACAGAAGUCUCAACACACACAGAAACCUAUGUGAGACCAACCCCUACUUACACAGCUUCGUUCAGCACGAACGAACUUACACUCACGGCAAGUAUCACCAGCAUUACGAACGCGCACAACUCGUUCGCGAUUACCUUAGAAAGAGACGAUGGAACUGUUUUACAAACACACACUUUGGCGGAUGGAGAAACCAGUUUCACUUUUACCCAAACCGAAACUUCUUACGCAACUUUCAAUUAUGUUGUUAAAUUGAACGGAACACAAACCGAUACUUAUUCGGCAACAUACACUCCACCACCAACACCAACAUUUGAUAUUGCUCUAACGAAAGACGACUUGGCGAUUACGGCAACACUCACGAACAUCGUCAAUCCCGACCCCUACUAUACUUUUAUGAUACACGAUGCGAGCGACGCGCACCUUGACGGACAUACUUUCACGACGGGCGAUACGACCGUGACCUUAACUUGGACGGAAACUUUGUACGGUGAAAAGACAUACACGAAACUUUUGAACGGGGCGAGUAUCGGUACGGAAACGAUUACGCUUACCGACCCGAACGCUAUUGAAUUAAGACAGGACUUUACAAUUACAGGCGGUGCCUGGAUUAAUGAAUCCGUUGUAAAAGAGACAGGAGGCACAAAUAAUACCAAUGGUUCCAAUGCGGAUAAUAAUGGGUGGGACACAACAUAUCCAUCUCCUUGGAACACCGUAGUUGAUAAAUAUAGUUGGUCCAUUGUGGGACAUCAUAAUCAUAAAAUCCUAUAUGACCCCACGCAACCAACUAAUUCAGGACAAGGUUGGAUGUAUUUGGAUGCUAUUAAUGGAGGUUGGACUUCAUCUAUCACAAAUGGUGUAGUUAAGUUCCAGAGAAAUAGUGAUAAUUGGUAUAUUCAAUGGAAUGUAGCUGGUGCGUGGGUUAAUGAAGCGCCCUCAUCUAACACGCCAUCAACCCCGACCUGGACUUUUACUUGGGACGCUACAAACCCAUCUGUCCCCGAUGGCGGAACUAUGGAAAUCACCUACGACGGAACGAAUUGGUAUAUUAAUGACGAUAGUCUUGAACCAGAUUUCGCAACACACGCCACUAUUAGUGCGACCGCUGUUGCGAACAGUAUAGCUAUUGGAUACUACGAUUUUGGUGCGUGGGUAAAUGGAUGGAGCUUUCCAAACACAUACACAUCUGGUGAUGUACCAGCUUCAGUAAUAUCGGGCAGUUGGGCGAGUAGUUUCGUGUCUAUGAUACAGCAAGGCUCGUCUUCUACACCAACCCAGCCAACUCUUAUUACCAGUAUAUCACUAAUUGGUGGUGUUUGGAAUCCAGCUUCUUAUAUUCACCAAGCAACAAAUAACACUAACACUUAUUAUGAAUACAAAAUAUCGCUUGACACAGCAGAUAGUCAGUAUUUUAUUGCGUACAAUUGGACGACGAAAAAAUGGUUUGACACAAACACAACUACAACCCACAGUACAUUUGGGACAUCAGUAUCCGAUACAUCAUCUACGAGCCGUGAAACGACUGAGAACGCCGCGGUUGUCUAUGUUAUGGCGAGUUAUGCUUUACACCCUCAGUUCACCAACCCCUACUACGAAGCGUAA